AUGGGUUUAACCAGUCUCCCUCCUUCCUUCUGCCAUCUCACGACUCUUGAGGCACUCUAUUUGGUGGAUUGCUUUGAACUUUGGGAGCUUCCAGAAGGGUUUUGUCGCCUCACGGCUCUCAAGGCGCUCUGCAUAACUGGCGCAGAGAGAUUGCAGUUACCAGAGGACGAUGGGGCCUAUGCAAUUUUGGAGGAUCACAGGUUGUAUGGUUCCGCAGAUUUCCUCCCGGAUUCCAUCGCCCAGCUGCCUUCCUUGACAAGCCUUGAACUGGAUUGUUGCUACCCAGUUUGGCUUCCCAGGAGAAUUCGCCCUAGCUCACUGCUGCAGCUUACUGGACUUAAGAGAGUGAAGAUCACCGGGUGCAGGUCACUCUCAGAAGUACCCGCAAGUCUAGACACGCUUGUGGGGCUUAAGAGCUUCGAGCUGACGGAUUGUGAGGAGUUGGAUAAUCUCCCUGCUGGUCUGCCCCCCUCUCUUGAGACCCUCUGCUUGGGGGCCUUCAAGGAAGGCUCUUCCCAUGUGGUGGACAUCUCGCAGCUGUCGCAGCUGAGGGUGCUGAAGCUGAACUGUGUUGGGGUGCAAGGUGGGCCUGCAGUGAGCAGCAGAUUAUUGUGUCUGCAGCAGCUGGAGCAGCUGGAGAUGCGCUUGGCAGGCAACAGUCAGCAGCUUCCACUCCCACCAGCUUUUCUCCCUCGCCUGCGCAGCUUGUUGAUAGCGGUGCCAGGAAUCCGCAGACUUUGGGAAAACCUGGCUGCAGCGAUGCCGGAGCUGCGGCAGCUGGAGCUUCUUUCCUGGUCACGAAAGGAGCUGCCAAGAAGCAUACUGGAGCAUACCUCGCUGACGUCAUUGACAAUCAACGCACCUCGGCUGGUGGCGCUACCUCAGGGCAUGAGCCGCUUGUCUCAGCUGCGCAAACUGGAGCUGAUUUGCUGCAACGCCAUGCAGCACCUCCCAGAGCGUCUCACCCAGCUGCGCCAGCUGAUACUGCGCGAAACCUCCAUCCGCUCCCUUCCUGCGAAUUUCGUGCAGCUGAUUCCUGACUCCACUGGUGAAGAUGAUUAG